AUGAGCACCGCACAGCAUUUGCAGCCAUACGAUAUCUGCAACUCAGCCAUCUUGCUGCAGCCACUGUUUACUACCACAAAAAAUCAAAAUCAAUCGACAAUGGCUGCCAGAGCAAACAUGGUCAGACGAGUCAGCCACCCAGUUUUAACCUCCGGCCCAUAUGAUAUCAUGAAGAAUUUAGGAAUGGCACCCAGCGAAGGACAAUUUGGCCAGUUUACCUACGAUACCACCAUUAGAUUCACCGACAUUGUCACCGGUGAAGAAACCAACAUUAUGGUGAAAGUCAGCUCUUACGGAUCCGACGCAACAGCCCUACUCCCUGAUCAUGUGUAUAUUCUCCACGGUCGAUUCAUUGCUCGCAACGAGGACAACACGCCAAUCAUGUAUUUUGAGCAAGGAAUCACUUUGCCCAUCGGCGAUAGCCCCACCUACAUGUCAUCAUUAGCUAACAAAGUCUCUGUCAACGGACUCGGGAUCGUCGUACACCGUCAAGAACUCCCAGGCAUAGGCCUUGGCAAUAGUGCUCAGACCGAUCUUCAUACUCGAGACAGAGUUGAAUUCAACAUGAUCUACAUCAUCCCCGGUAACAAGGUCUUAGGUCAAACUUUCUCCCUGGCCAGAAUGGGGAAAGAAAUUGUCAUCUACGGGUACAUCUGUGGAUACAACAACGAGGCAAAGACCUGGGUUGCAAAGGCAUAUGGUGUUGCGCCAACCUCUGGUGACCAGCAAAUCACAGCUGCACCACCCGUCAUGAGAGGGUCCGCUGCUAAUCUUGGACCCCGCCGUCCAGGACUUCGACAGCUCGGGAACGGUUCCACCACUAGCGUUGCUUCCACCACCACUCCGGGAACUUCCAAACCAAGCGGUGGUAGCUCUCAAACCAUCCGUUCUCAAUUGGGCACUGGCGGCCAAUCAACCAGUACUACGCUCAAGUGGAGAUACCCUCCGAAGACGCUGAGACUUCCGCCGAUAACUUACCUGAAAAUACCUACGGCAAGCAACCCACCAGCAAGGCCUCCGUCUCUGAUGGCAAGAAACGAUCCAAAGGAACCUAGGCUGAUCCGUCCAUCUAUGUUCCAGCUUCUUGGUACUUUCACCUAUUUCACACUUCACCUCAAGAAGUUAUUUUUACUUUUGUACAGCCAUCCUCAUACACAGAUGUUCCAAGUGCAAAAAUCCGCCAAGUAG